AUGGAGGUAUCAAGUGAUGAAGAAAACAAUUGUGUCUUUGAUACACUUGUCAAGGGUCUUAAGGACAACGUCCAUGAAAACAAGGAGUCAUAUUGGUACCAGUUUGUGUAUGGUGGUAGGGGCAAAUGUUAUGCAAGAGCAGUGACUGUGAAUGAACUAAUUGGGCUAACUCAAGCACACAGUCUGGAGGUCUUGGUUGCUUCAGACUUGAUCCUUCAACGUGCCAACAGACCACCUGCCAUUUCGAAACCUGGAGUUGAAAAGCUUGCGGCAGCAAUAUGGGGAGAAGAAUCGAAUUCAAAGGUUAUCUUCAAUCAAGGGAGAGGAAGGAACACUUUUAUUUUAAUUGGAACUUUGAAAGAAGGCAAUGUGCCUUCUUUGCAAAGACAGCUGAAACAUGAGCUGCCACCGCCAAACCAUCCCAUUGCUUUGAUUCAACAGUCCCUCCAGUCGUUUCCAUCCGUCUCUCAACUCUUUGCUGCUGCCAGCAAUUCAAGUGAAGAUAGUGAUAUGGCCGAAGAUUCCAAAGAGAAUUCCCUGACGACCAGCAUCCUUGUUGACCCUGAUCACCUUGUUGAUUGUUGCAACAGCACCGCCAACAAGAAGCAAGAGAAACGCGAAUACAACAUUGGUACUCGUCUUACUUUGUGCAAUGGUGAAUUGAAAAAGAUUGACAACAACAUGUCGUUUAUACACAAGAACAAGCGCGCCAAAAGCGAAGAAGCAAUCCAGAUCAAAAAGGACAUCGCGGCAGCUGUCAAAAGAAAGGAGCAUCGUACUGCGGACCUAGGGAGCGUAUUUUCGCUUGGGAUUUGCGCCGCCAACUUCCCGCAGGUUUCUGAUGCCGCUGCAGAGCAAUUUCUAUUUCAAGGCGUCCAGAGAGCUUGCACUGCUCUUAAGAUGUUCAAUUUAUACGAUGCCGCAGAAGACUUGCGGGUUUCUUAUGAUGCCAUGUUGCAAAUGAAGCCGAGCAGUACUACUAUCCGCAAUCACGUUCUCCGAACUGCAGCGCACAAGGUCGUUCUCCUUGGGGAUCGCAUGAUCAAAGCAAAGAGAGUAUACAUUGCAGUAGAUCAUGGCGCCGGUGUCUUAGCAAAGAUUGCAUACUUUUGGGACGUUGAGUGGGUAAGGAUUGUAUCCGUCAACCUCGAUUUCGAUACAUCCGGAGAUAGUGCAAAAGAAGGUGCUGAGGGUACGCACCACUCUAUGAAGAAGUAUGCAUUUUCUGCAGACGAGGCGCAUCAGGAUGAAAUCUUGCGAGGAAUAAUCCAUGGUGGUGCAAGUGAUAGUGGUGGAGGCUUCACUUGUGCCGCAAUGAAGCGGGAGUUGGUUUUGGUUGGGCUUGCCAAUCCUGAGACGUUUAUCUUUUGCGCGUGCACCGCGCACAACGAACAAACAAAUCUCCGAAAUGGAUUGGAGAAAGCAUAUGGCAUUGGAGGACUUGACGAACGCAAUGUGCUCCAAAAAGUUCAUGCCUACUCAGAUUGGCAGGAUUCUUUUCGACGCAAGAAUGGAAUUGGAGGCCUCAAGUCCUUGUUGACCAAAGCGUGCAAACAUGUGACUGGAAGUACACCAAAAGAUGUUCUAAAGGAGCUACUGAAGUUGAUGCAGGAGCCAAUUACAACAAGAUGGAAAACUCUUGGCGCAGCCUUUAUUUAUGUGAGAAAGUUCCAUGGUAUUAUCAAGACAGCAGUUAGUGCCUCCAAUGCAAGCAAUCUGAAGAACUCCCAGAUUGGAAAAACAGGGGCAAACUUCGUGUCUCUUGCCAACGAGAAGGCACUUGAAGUCGACGUUUCAUUCCUUUCAGCUUUCCACACGGAAUUCUUUGACCUUCACUUUGAGUUCAACCAUGCAACUGAUCCCCUCGUCAACCGAUCCGCCUUUCUUGCACCUCAUCAUUUGGUGAGAUACUACUUGAAGGAAAAGGGCCUGGCGGCAAUCAAGGCUGAGCUAGAGAGUGGAUCGGUCAAUGAUGUGCCAUCCAACUCGGUAUUCCAUGAAUUUUGGGACAACCUUGGAAAGAUGGAAAAUGCCACGCAGCAGGAACAAUGCUUAAGAAAGGCCAAACUGUUCAUAGAGAAAUACACGGAGAGCCUUCACAAGCACAACAAGCAAUUCUGCGAGGGUGGACUGUUGUUCUUGGCAUGCUUCGGAGAGCAGCAGACAGCUCAAAUCGUUGCAAAGUUUCUAACUCAUGGAGAAAUUGAUGAUGCGACAAUGCGACAAUAUGCUGAUCAAAUCUACACAUCGCCAAUUCACCAUCUCAAUGUUCCAUUGGAAGACUUUGCCAAGUUUGUCACGGCAACAAUUGACGACGAAACUCGUGAUGCUUGCAUCAAAUCCAAGAAUUUUCUCGAUUGGAUAGAUUUGAUUGAAAUCAUUGCAACGGGCUACAAUUUUCGGGGCGCAACUGGUAGUGUAGCAGACAGAUUGAGGGCAAAGUUUCUAGCCUACUUUGGCCCUAUUCCCACUACAACUGAAGACGUGGAGCGUGUUGUCAAGAGGGCUCGUCUUUGCCAGACAACUGGAAAGGAAGAAAAGAACGUUACUGUAUACGGUAUUGCAGGCGAUGGGGUUUCUGAUGAAUGUACAAGAAACUAUGUUGAUUCGAGUUAUCAUCAGAAGCAGAAAGAGAAAAGAAACGAAAGGAUCCGGAGAGCAGUUCGUACUGGUGGCAUCAAAGACUACAAGCCCGAUUUGGAGAGAGGUCCGGGUAUGUGCAUCAACCAUACCAAUCAUGCCCUCAGCCUUGCACGCGAUGUGGAAGCAUUGAAGGAGAUAAUUGGUGAGGAAGAGUAUGAAGAUCGUCUGAAGGGAGCUAUGAAUUCGCUGAAGAACACCCACGUGCAAGGGUCAACAAUCCGUUGUGAUGCUGUCAUGAACAUAGUAGAAGGAAACUUGGGAAAGACAUAUACGGGGUCACAUCGUGAGAAUCUUCAAGGAGUUGACUGCACAUCUGCAAUGCGCAAUGAAGUGGUGCUUAACAAGUGCACCAUCAAGGGCCCAUCUGGCGAGGACAACAAAGGGGCGAUGUGGGAUGAAGCGUUGGCGCGAAACCUUGUAAAGGCCGAAGACCAGCAAGAAUACAAUCGCAAAGGUGGAAAUCCUUCAUUCACAAAGGUCAAGAAGAUGAUAGAAGCGUUUGAAAUUGAUCGAUGGAAGAACGCCAACCCCAGCAAGGAACCUGAUACAAAGGUUGGGAAAUCAAUCAGACUGCUUUCUACUGGUGAUCGCAAGCUUGUCGCAAAGGCGUAA